GUGGCCUGGGAGCCUGAGGCCUAAUCUUGAGGGCGGGGACGGAGACGGGAGGUUGGGAGAGAGUCCGUGUCCGCCUGGAGAAUGCCUGAAAGGCCCAUGGGAGGCAGGGUCUUGGGCCUGGGCCUCCCCUGCGGGAAAGGGGAUGCAGCCGUGACCCUCUUCUCUUUCUCCCCUGCAGGAGGACGGAGGAUGGCGGUGGAUGCAGGAAAGAGGCGCCGACUGAGAGGAGGAGGAGGAGAGCGGGCCCUGCAGAGCAGCCCUGCCCGGUCCCGGCGCGGCUUCCCCGGGAGACAGUGGGGAAAGGCCGGGGGCUCCGGGGUUGCAGGAGGGAGGAGCCCAGGGGAGGAGGAAACGGGCGGAGACCCCGAGACGGACCUGCAGGGCGGAGGCUCCUUCGGAAGACUCCGAAAGUCUCAAAGGAUCCAGGAGGGAGGAAAGGAACAUCAGUGCCCGGAAUGUGGAAAAACCUUCAAAACAAACGGAAAUCUUGAAAACCAUUUAAAAAUCCACACAGCAGAGAAACCAUUUAAAUGCCCGGAAUGUGAAAAAUCCUUCAGAACAAAUGGACGUUUUGAAAACCAUCUAAAAAACCACUCAGUUGGAAACCGAUAUCAAUGCCUGGAGUGUGGAAAGGGCUUCAGUCAGAGGGGAGAUCUUUAUAGACAUCAAAGGAUCCACUCAGUAGAAAAACCUCAUAAGUGCCUGGCAAGAAAGGAUGGCGGCGGAUGCAGGAAAGAGGCGGCGGCCGAGAGGAGGAGGAGGAGAGCGGGCCCCGGCGUGGCUUCCCCGGGAGACGGCAGGGAAAGGCCGGGGGGCUCCGGGGCUGCAGGAGGGAGGAGCCCAGGGGGAGCCCGGGAAAGGCGGCUGCCUGGAGGGCGAUGCGGGGAGGAGGAAACAGACGGAGACCCCGAGACGGGGCUGGAGGGCGGAGGCUCCUUUGGAAGACCCCGAAAGCCCCAGAGGAUCCAGGAGAAAGCAAAGAAACAUCAGUGCCUGGAAUGUGGAAAAACUUUCAAAACAAACGGAAAUCUUCAAAGGCAUCUAAUUAUCCACACAGGAGAAAAACCUCAUAAGUGCCUGGAGUGUGGAAAGAGCUUCAGUGAUAGGAGCAACCUUUAUACACAUCAAAGAAUCCACUCAGGAGAAAAACCUCAUAAAUGCCUUGAGUGUGGAAAGAGAUUCAGUCAGAGGAGCAACCUUAAUACACAUCGAAGAAUCCACUCAGGAGAAAAACCUCAUAAAUGCCUUGAGUGUGGAAAGAGCUUCAGUCAGAGGAGCAACCUUUAUAAACAUCAAAGGUUCCACUCAGGAGAAAAACUUCAUAAAUGCCUUGAGUGUGGAAAGAGCUUCACUCAUAGCAGCGGCCUUUAUACACAUCAAAGAAUCCACACAGGAGAGAAACCUUAUAAGUGCCUUGAGUGUGGAAAGAGCUUCACUCAUAGCAGCAGCCUUUAUACACAUCGAAGGAUCCACACAGGAGAGAAACCUUAUAAGUGCCUUGAGUGUGGAAAGAGCUUCAUUCAGAGCAGCAAACUUUAUAUACAUCAAAGGAUCCACACAGGAGAAAAACCUCAUAAGUGCCUGGAGUGUGGAAAGAGCUUCAGUAAGAGGGGACAUCUUUAUACACAUCAAAGAAUCCACUCAGGAGAAAAACCUCAUAAAUGCCUGGAGUGUGGAAAGAGCUUCAGUCAGAGGGGACAUCUUUAUACACAUCAAAGGAUCCACACAGGAGAGAAACCUCAUAAAUGCCUUGAGUGUGGAAAGAGAUUCAGUCAUAGCAGCACCCUUUAUAAACAUCAAAGGAUCCACUCAGGAGAAAAACCUCAUAAGUGCCUGGAGUGUGGAAAGAGCUUCACUCAUAGCAGCACCCUUUAUACACAUCAAAGGAUCCACUCAGGAGAAAAACCUCAUAAGUGCCUGGAGUGUGGAAAGAGCUUCACUCAUAGCAGCGGCCUUUAUACACAUCAAAGAAUCCACUCAGGAGAAAAACCUCAUAAGUGCCUGGAGUGUGGAAAGAGCUUCACUCAUAGCAGCACCCUUUAUACACAUCAAAGGAUCCACUCAGGAGAAAAACCGUAUAAAUGCCUUGAGUGUGGAAAGAGAUUCAGUCAGAGGGGAAACCUUUAUAAACAUCAAAGGAUCCACUCAGGAGAAAAACCUCAUAAAUGCCUGGAGUGUGGAAAGAGCUAUACUGAGCGUAGUAGCCUCAAUCAACACCUAAGAAUUCACGUGGGAGAAAAAUGAAAAACACACCUGAGUGUGAGAAGACCUUCAGUCACGGUGUAUCUCGGGAAUUGAAUUGAAUUGUAUAUUUAAUUUGGCCAAAUGUGAAUAGACACCCUAGGAAUUCACCUAGUGCAUAUUCAUGAUAAUUAUAAUAAUUCCAAUAAGAGGAAUUAUUGGUCUUUACUCCAAAUGAGUAAAGAAGACAAUAAGGGUAAAUAAUAAUUGCCAAAUAAAGGACUUUCUCAGGCUGAAUAAUAAAGGACUGUUUCAAUUGUACAUGCUAGAUUUUUCAACUGGUCUAAAUUGUACCUUUUCACAAGAGACAUGUCAUUUCCCAUGUGAAUGUUCUUUUAAUGCUUAUGCUUAAUAUUAUGGGAUGUUACUGUCCAUGUCUCUGAUGUAAGUGUAACUUGAGCAGAGUGAUUUCUUCCAUGCAAUCAGCUCUUGUUUUGUAUUUUUUUUUCUACUGUAUGGAGUAUAAAAUGAAAC